UUUUAUGAUCCCGAUGGCGACUGGGAUGAGCCUUGUGCUGUGUAUGCUGACGAUGAAGCAAGAACGACCCGGAGCCAAGUUUGUGCUCUGGUCACGCAUCGACCAAAAGUCCUGUUUCAAGUGCAUUAUUACUGCUGGCCUGCAGCCAAUCAUAAUCGAGACAGUGGUGGUGGGGGAGGAGCUGCGCACAGACACACAGGCCCUGGAGACGCAGAUGGCUACCCUGGGCUCGGACAACAUCGUGUGUGUGCUCUCCACAACCAGCUGUUUCGCGCCGAGAGCGGCAGACAGCUUGGAGCAGAUUGCGCUGCUCUGCAGUCGAUACAACAUUCCGCAUCUCGUCAACAACGCUUACGGCCUGCAGAGCACCAGGCUUAUGCAUCUCAUACAGGAGGCGGCUAGGAAAGGGAGAGUCGAUGCCUUCGUUCAGAGCACUGACAAAAAUUUCCUAGUUCCGGUUGGAGGUGCCGUCAUUUCUGGUUUUGAAAAAGGACUGCUCGAAAAAAUUGCAAAAAAUUAUCCAGGCAGAGCAUCGGCGUCGCCAGCGAUGGACGUGUUUGUGACGCUGCUGUCGCUGGGCGUGAAUGGCUACAAGCAGCUGAUUGGCCAACGCAAGGAGAUGUACAAGUAUCUGAAGGAGGAGCUGGCCAAGGUGGCGCACAAACACCAGGAGCGGCUGCUCGACACCAAGAACAAUCCCAUCUCUAUAGCGAUGACACUGACUUCACUGACUGGCGGCGACAGCAAGCGCAUUUCAAUGCUGGGCUCGAUGCUGUUUCUGCGCUGUGUGUCCGGUACAAGGGUUAUCACCGGCGUUGAGCUCAAAGAGGUUGCCGGCUACAAGUUUGAAGGGUGGGGCGCGCACUACUCCAACUACCCGACACCCUACCUGACGGCGGCGGCCACUCUGGGCAUGCGCAAGUCCGACGUGGACCUGUUUACGCAUCGGCUGGACAAAGCGCUGAACAAGCUGAAGGGACGCUCACAACCUGCCACGCCCACAUCUGUCGAAGAACUGACGACGAUGAGUGGCGGGGGUCGCAGGUCGGCGGGAGGGGGAAGCAGUCGCAGCGGCGCAUGCGCGGCGAGGGGCGGCGAUGGAGGGGAGGGCCCCAGCAGCAGGAGCGGUGGUGGGGGGAGCGCUAUCAAUGGGGAGGGUGGUGGCGGGGCGGGUGCGGAAGGCAGCAGUGCGGGAACCUCGUUGGCAAGUAGUAAGGAUAGUUUGCGCAAGUGAUGAUAGGCGGUGGACGGGUGUCCACGAGUGUCCAAGGUGGGCUGGUAGCUGAUCAGAGUGUAGCUAAUAAUGCCAGUGCCAGUGUUCACACAUUGCCAGAAAGUUCGGCUGAAAAAUACAGUAGUUUCUGUAGUUUUAUCUGCUGCUCUUUUAUGGCCUAUGAAAACAAUACUACUUAAUAACUAUAACUAUUGACAAUAUGAAUAAAUGAAUUUAUUUCCUCCAAUAAAAAUAUUUACAAUUGGACAAUGAACAAUUCCAUUCAAACAUUGAUUGAAUUUGAGGUUAUACAAAGCUGACUUUCAAAUCAGCUGAAUCUGAAAUAGAUAAGAACACCAUGGCUGUCUGUUCUACUUUUUCACAGUAAUUUUUUUCUAAACGGUUCACAGAUAGUGAUGUUCACAAUAGUGGUAGCUCAAAAAUGGAACAUUGUUUUGAUAGGCCUUAUAAGAAUGGCAGGAAAAUGACAGAAACAGUUUGUGUUUCAGACUGUCUGUUUUUCCUGUCAAACGUUCUAUGUGUUGAAACACUCCUAUAAAAACUGAUAGUACUCUUUUUCUGUCAUAUUAAGCAGAAUUUAUGGGAAAGCACCCCUUUAGUUAGUCUUAACUUUUGAGAUUAUACAUUUUGAAAAAGCUAAAAGUCAAACAUCUUGAAAAUUUUUGAAAGAUAAAUUGUUUGCUACCUCCAGCAAAACUAUCACCCUGGUAUACCAGCCCACCACUAAAUUACUACAAAUAGAUACAUUAUGUCUAGUGAAUACUGUCGGCUAUAAGGUCGCAUGCCACAUGCAUAGGCGCACGUAAGAGGCAUGCCUCAAGGGGCAAGUGGAAAGGCAAGCUGCACUAGUGUAUGGAAUGAACAUUUUCAAUAGUUGGAAAUUGUUGUGGGCUGACUUUGAAGUUGAAAUAUGGACAAAUAUCUGAUAUUGCCAACGUAUUUUCAUCGUCGCACUGAGGCAAAGUGAGGAAUGGUUUUUGAUUAAUUUUGUUUGAGAUUAAUUAAUUUUUGGAGAAGAUCACCUCUGAUUGACUUGAUUUCAAGAAAAAACUAAAGCUUCACUUAACUGCUAAUUAGCUGAGCUUUAUUUUAAAUUGCUUUUUGAAAAGAAACUAAAGCUAUAUUAAACUUAUAAUUGCAGAGCUUUAGUCCAAAUUGCUUUUUGGAAGUGCUGUAUUGUAAUGAACAUUUCUAUUAUUGUAGUUGUUGUUUAUUACUUUCAACUGGAGCUAGAACAGAUCUAGAUUGUAGAUUGCUCUUCAAGUUGCAUCAAUCUAUUCUUCUACUGGCUCACAACGACUAGAUUGCUUUAAGCAACAUCCAAAUACGGGUCUCGCACAGUUUAAAGUCUUAGGUAAUAAUGCUACUUCAAAUAAAUCAUGGAAGUUUAGAACUGAUAUUAUGGAACCACUCCCUCAAGUAAAUUUGUGUGUUGCCUUUUUCUGUAGAAAACACGAAAUAUUUCUGCUGAGGAUGAUGAAUAUUAUUAAAACAAUUUUCUUAAUGAAAACAAGACACAUUCCUCGCUUAGCUUCAGUUGGAUGCCAACAGUGUGUGUUAGAUAAAGCCGAUUGCACAAAUAGAACAAACGCUGAUCAUCUGAGAUCAAAACUUGAUUGACGAUUAAAAUUGGCUCGCUUCGCACGUUGUUGUGUUGACAAUUUUAGAAUUAUGCUGCUCAUCGUCAUCAUAAUCAUCAUCAUCGUCGUCGUCGUCAUACACUUGUCAUCAUCAUUAAGAAAAAAAUGGAACUAAUUGUUGUUUUUGUGAAGGAGAGACUCACCACAAACAUAAAUGUAAAUACAUGAAGAGAAAACCAAUCAAUGCAUAACAUUGUUAAUACAUACAUUCCUUAGAAAACUAUACAUAAUUGUAGUCAUGCACCAAUGCAACCGAGCACUACACAAUAAUAAUAAUUAACUACGAUUACUAUUAAUUAUAAAGUACGAUUAGUAAUAAACUAUGUAAGACCAUGAGCUGAAGUAGAGCAACAAAAAUAAUAUGGUUGUUAGAUGAAAGCAAGCAUUCCAGUAGGUUGGUGAAAAUAUUAGAAUUUAAGAAGUUUUAGAUUUUGCAAAUGGAUUUGUCGCUGAAAUGUUUGCGAUUCAAAAAUAAUGCAAGCUAAACGUGAAGCUGACCUCAACUUUUGAAUUUUCUCGUGUAGAAAUCGUUUGUGUGUGUGCGUACGUGUGUGUGCGGAUCUAUUUUAGUUGAAUGAUUAAUUAUUUUCAUUUUUAAACAAUAAUUGUUUCCAUUUAUAUUAUGUUCUGUUUCUUCUGUUACCUUACUUAUUUUCUUAUAGUUUGGUAUUUUAUUUUUCAAAAAUUAUUAUUUGGAAUCCAUUCAAACUCUUAGUGCCGGUUGCACAACAGCCGGUUAAAUUUUAACCGUGAUUAAUUCCAGGAUAACCAAUCAGAGAAGCAGUCUUUUCAAAAACGCCUUCUCUGAUUGGCUCUCGUGAAAUUAAUCACGGUUAAAAUUCAACCGGCUGUUGUGCAACCGGGCCAUAGAUUAUAUAUGUUUAAAUUGAGUAUUCAUUUAUUCAUUUGAAAAUACAUAAAUCAUUGGGAAUGGAUAGCCAAAAACUGCUCCAUUCUAGAAUUUUUUACCAUAGAAUGUUCUAUAGUGUGAUUCACUCAAAAUUGUAAACAUUCUCUAUAUGAACAUUAGAAUCGCUAACCGCAGAAAGGAAACAUGUCCAACUUUUUCAAAUUUCGUUUUAAUAAAUCAACUAUUUAAUGUAAGAUACAUCGUUUACUGUAGAAAGGCUGACAGUAUGAAAUGGACCUCUCUAUAUAAAGAUAUGAUAUAUUGCAUUGUUGUUGAAUUUAGGGAUUGAUCAAAUGUAUCUAUCAUUGUAAAUACCAAAAUCGAUGAAAAACAUGAUACUCUUGUAAUAAAGACAUGGUGAAUUUCUACAUAAAUGUUGAUAUUUCAUUUCAAUUGAGGUUCAAUUGAAUCGCAUUGAGUCAAUUAAAAUUUUUGGAGAAAUUUAAUAGUAGUUUUGUCUUUGUGUGGUAUUGUUUGCACGCAGUAAAGCACUCAUAUUUUAUUAUUUAUUCAAUUAAUGUAGAUUAAUUUACCACUGAAUAUGUAGUACAAAAUGGUUUAGAAUUCCUUAGGCCCUGCAUUGCAAUGAAUUUCUGCUCUGGUGGGUUUAAUUUCCGCCGGUUCAAAUGGGAGUGUAUUAUGUGCAGGAGACUACGAAUAUGUAAGCACUCCCAUAAAAACCAAUAGAAAUUAAACCCAGAGGGGUAAAUUCAUUAGAAAGCAGGAUUUUAUUGUGUCAGUCUGCAAUUCUCGAAUUUCUAAUAUAGAGUAGAGUUUAAGAUCUGCGUUCUUCAAUGUAGAAAAAUUAUUACAAUGUUUCGUGUAAUGAUUAAGUGUAGCAAUUUAUAUCCGAAUUGUUGUUUCAAUUUAUUAAUAUCAAUUUGAUGGAGUAAUUAUCUUCUUAAUGGUUAUGUGUACUUAUCUCAAAACAAAUUGUCUCGAUCUAUCGGUCAGUUCUUGCCCAUUUUUUAUGCUAAACCUUAAAAUUCUUGAGGUUCCGAGCCGUCAGCUGAAUGAUUAAUUUUCUUUGACAUCGCUCCAUAGUUUAAUUGCAGAGAGACUUUGUUCCCUCAAAACGAAAUAUUUCAAUGUCGAAAAUUAGAAAAAGUAAAGUAGUAAAAAAUGUUCUACAGAUUGACAAAUUGGAAAUUUUAUAUUUUUAAAUAAUAAAUGUCAAAUAAUAAGUUGUUCGUGCUUGAUUAAUUGUUAAUUGCUUUAUGAGAGCUGCUAAGAUACAUUUGUGAAUUAUUCAAAAUAAUGAAUAAAUAAAUGAAAUUGAAUUUUAAAAUCUAUAAUAGUAUAAAUUAUUCACUUGUUGAAAACUUCACUUGUGUCUGGAAAGACCUGCUUUCGAAAGGUGUGUAGUGCUCUGUAGAGUUUCAUAUCCAUUGGUUGUUAACAGAGUGUUCACACAUUAAAAGCCUUCCAAUGUGUGAAAACUUCAUAUGAGCCAAUGGUGUUCUAUUUCUGUUUAGCAGAGGAGCAGAGCAGAUUUUUUUGAAAAGCAAGGUUUAUUGGAACAUUUUUCCAGUAAGAAACCAUUUUUAAAAUUGAGUUAAUUUCAUAUUCGUUACCUAGUCAUUUGAAAUAUUAAAACCUUUUUUGUUAUAAAUUCUUAUUGAUAGAAUGUGAUUUGUGAUGAUACAAUAAAUUUUGUUGAAUUAUUUGAUAGUUUAAUGUGUUAGUAAAUUAAGUGUUAUAAAGUUAUCUUGAGGUAGUAAGACUUGAAAAAUGUGCAAUUUUUAUUGAAUACAAUGAAUAAAAUGUUGAUACACGUUGUGUAGAUGUCGAAUCCAAGUACACUAAGGUAUUUUUAGGCUAUAUGUGUGUGUUCGUACAUUUUUUCUUGUAACAUCUAUAUUUAUUUUUGAUUAUGUACCAAUGUCUUCUCAUUUCUAUAUUUUGUUGAAACUAAUUCCCUUAAAAUUUGUUAUUAAUCUCCUUCUGUCACAAAUUCUCUAUUACUAAACCUCUAUUCACUUGUAUUUUGAGACUGUAAUUUAAUAUUAUCAUUGUAUUUCAAACUGUUAAUAUCGGUUGUGAUAAGUGUAGAGUAUCUUUACUGUCAUUAUUAUAAUUUUUAGUAGAUAAAAUAUUUAAUAUAACAAAAUUUUCUCUAGUUUUAAAAUGCUCUUCAUCUGAAAAUUAUUGUAACUGCAACUUAAUAAAAUGUCCAUAAUUGGUAUACUGUGCUGUAACAAAAAAAUUUGGAAUUUGAACCCAUAUAAGUAGGUAAUAAACGUAGAGUAAAAAGUAAAAAACCUACUUUGCAAGUAUAAGAUGAAUUUCCUAAAAUGUUUGUUAUUUAUUAACUUGAAAAUUGGAGACAGACGUUUAGUAUAAUUCAAGAUUAAUCAUAUACCAAUUCACUAAUUCAUUUAUACAAGAACUUAUACUAUUUGAAUGAUUGGAAGGGUAAAAACAGGCUAACAUUAUUUUCCAAUAAUUAUUAUUUAAACAAUUUAUUCCAAUUGAAUUGUUUUGGGUUCAAAAUGAAGUCAUCUCAUCUCUUAAUGAAACUUCUCUAAAACUAACAAAAAUUUUCUAGAAAAAUAUCUUGGUCUUUUAUUUUUAAAUGCUUGCAACAAAGAUCUGAAUAUUAGUAUAGUUUAUGGUAGGGCAUAUUUUGAAGAGUAUGUGUGAGUUUGCGCGUGCGUGUACUGUUAUAGAUGAAUUAAAAUAACAAAUUUAACGAGUAAACAAUUCAUUAUUGUACUGUAGCUAUAAAUUUAGAAACGCCAUGUCCGUUUAUAAAAAUAUUAGAAUGGAAAAUGAACAUCAAUUUAGAUAAAAUCUGAAAUUUAUGUGGAUUGAUUGCAAAGAUUGAGAAUCAUCUGUAAAUAGUAUUUAUCAAAGUCUUUGAGUUUUGUGAAAUAAUUUUUCAGUCUUUUGGAAAAAACUUACUAUUGACAAUAUAGGUUUGCAGCAUAGGGUACCAGUUUGUACAAAUACAAAAAAUAAACAAAAAACUAAAACAAUCUCUGUCAAAUAUUACAAAAAAAAUUAUUUAUUAAUUAAAUAUUAGUCAAGUUUUUAUAGUGUACCUCUAUCUAUUUUUUCAAUAUUUUAUUUGGAUAAUAACACACAAAUAAUUAAAUGACGGAUCAAUUUUAAUAAUAUUUUCGAAUCAUUUCUUCUUUAAAAUCAAUCUCAUAAAACUUAUAAUAGAGUCAAAACGGUCUUGGGUUCAAAUCCCAAUAUUAAACUAAUUUUAGAAUGCGGUUUAACACAAAUAUUCGAACAAGAUUCCAGUGAUUUUUUAGAAAAAUUCACAUUUUUGUUUUGUAUUUUCUUUAGCUGUCUUGUCUUCCAAAUUAUAGUGAGAUUCACUUGAAACAGUCAACAUUGUUGGAAUGGAAAUGGAAAGAAUUUAUAUUAUUUUUGAGGAACACAGUCAGUUUAAAGUGAAUCUUACUACAGUGAUGUCGAUCAGUAAAACUUUCCUUUGCUGUUAACGAAACCAAAGUAAUUUAUUUCAUUUCAAAAUUGAUAAUUUAAAUUAUUUAUUUUAUUUAAGAAUGAUUUAUUUCUGAAAUAUUUAAUUCAAUGAAUUAAUUCCUUUUUAUUUUAUUAAUGUGUGAAAUAUCCUUGAACAAAACCUAUCUUGAACUUCUUAAAAUUAGUUACCAUUUAUUUUGAUGAACCAUUCAGCUGUGAUCAAUAAUUCCAAUGAUUUUCAUUUUCCAGUAUUGUACAGAUAAGGUGACUGAAUAUCAUCUAAUUUCUGACAAACAUUCAAAAUAAAACGUUAUGUGUAAAAACUUUAGUUCCUUGUUGUUAUAUGUCAACUAUAUGUACGAUCUGUAUGAUCUCUAUUGAUUUAUUUCAAUUAGCUGUAUCUCAUACAUCUAUCAGAACAUGUGGUUACAUUAUUUCAUUGUAAACAAUGUGAGUUACUAUAGAGUUUAAGGUAUGAAUUAUUGAAAUGCUAUCCACAGGGAUAAAAUUCAUAGAUAGUUUGAAUAAUAUAUAAUUAAUUUUUGUACAUUACACAAUAUUUCAAUUAUAAUGAUACAGUUAUUAUUGAACAAUUUUUCACAGCGGCUUUUGACAAUUACUAUAAUGUCAUUUACACUAGAUAGUAUUUUUUUAAAUUGAAUUUUCUUCGCUUUUAGUUUGAAAAAUGUAAUGAUCACAAACGUUGUGUACUUUUAAUAACGAUACCAUAUAUAAUAAUAAUGAUGAUAAUACUAUUUUAUAAAAUUAAACACAAUGUAAAUUAUUCGUCCUCAGAGUGACCAGGUUCUUUUUAUUUUUUAAAUACAGCAAUAUUAAAAU